AUGGGUGGUGGCAACGGUGGUGGUGGUGGUGACGAUGAUGACUGUGGUAGCGGUGGUGAUAGCCAUGAUAAGAUGGUGGUAGUAGAAGUGGCACUUGUUGUUCCCCUUUGGCGAGCAGAAGCAGCUCUUGGACAGUUUCGGAUCCUAACUCUAUCUUGGGCUUGGCAAUAG